AUGGCCCGAAAACUUAACUUUCUCAGAGAAGGCUCAAGGACCUCCAUCAAUUCGGCCUUCCAAUUCCUGGCCGACAUCCGAGGAAAAGUUGUCCGUCCGGAGCAGAUCAUGGUGUCCUUUGACGUGGUUUCAUUAUUCACGUCCAUCCCACCGGACCUGGCACGCGACGUUCUCCGCAAACGACUCGAAGAGAAUUACGACGAGACGAACAGACCCCUAAAAAUCGAUCACUUACUGUAACUGUUUGCUUUCUGCCAACAAACCUACUUCACCUUCAAUGGCAGAACAUACGAGCAGAUCAAAGGAACGCCGAUGGGUUCGCCAAUAUCCAGCCUGGUUGCAGAACUAGUCCUGCUGGAGCUGGAAAAAGUCGCCUUCGACCACUAUGAACCUGCAUUUUGGCGCCGGUACGUGGACGACACGUUCGUCAUAAUUGAAAGGAGCAGACUGGCCGACUUCCAAGACCUGCUCAACGGCUUCUUCCCAGACAUUCAGUUCACAAGGGAAGAAGAGCACGCCGAACAGCUGCCUUUCCUUGACGUUCUCGUCACACGCACACCCAACGACGAACUCAACACCACGGUGUACAGAAAGGCGACUAACACGACUGAGAUUCUCAACUGCCACAGUAACCACCCAAUGGCGCAUAAACACAGCUGUGUUAGGACACUCUUCCAGUGA